GUGAUUUAGAGUUCAUUAGCAUCAAAACAUGGCACUUAGCUACUACUACAACUGGAGUACUCAACUACUUGAUCAGCAUCUCAGACAGGAUCAUGAAACUACUAUAACUACUGAUUGUAAUGAUAUUUUUUUUGAGCAAGACCAAUUAGUUUCUGAAGACCUGCUUCUACCACCAGAGCUUCUCAAUUUUCAUGACAACUUUGACACUUGCAUCGACACAUUGUUCACUCCAAACAACCACUUCCUCUGCUCGGGUGAAAAUGUCGAUGCCUACAACGCCCUUUUGCCUGCUACGGUGCCCCUAAACAUCAUUCCAGCACUGGAAAUGGCAGAGGAGGAUGCAUGCUUUGGUCAUUUUGGGAAACGUUCAAAAAUUCAAGAAAAUUAUUUUUUCUCUCCUGAAAUGACCUUUCAUGACAACUAUGACAUGGGGCCUUUGCUGCCUGAAUUUGUCUUGCCGGAACUUCCAGUUCCAAUGCCAGCAGUUUUUAAUGAGGGGUGUAAUGAUUAUGAAGUGAAGAAAGCAGGGAAUGCAGGAGGGAAGUUGUCACAGCAGAGUAUAGCCGCGAGGGUUCGCAGGAGGAAGAUAACAGAGAAGACACAAGAGCUUGGGAAGCUAAUUCCUGGUGGACAGAAAAUGAACACUGCUGAGAUGUUUCAAGCUGCUUCUAAAUACAUCAAAUUCAUGCAAGCCCAGAUUGGGCUUCUUCAACUUAUGCAGGUAACUUGCAUUGCUCACUCAUCUGAGGAAAAUGAUGAGGGAAUGCAGAGUCCUGAACUAGAACCUUUGGUGACAUCUCCUUUGGUUCAGGAGAAGCUUUACUCAGCAGAGAAGUGUUUGGUUCCUAGAGAUUUUGUUAAGAGCUUAAUCCAAAAGCCUCAACUCCAGUCCAAUCCUCAGCUCAUCAAGGAUCUCAUUAAGCUGAUUUAA